AUGGCUACCGAUCACAAAGAUCAUCAUUCGACCACUCCCUCCACUCCGUUGAUUCCUCGCCGCUUAAUCUUCGGCAAUCCUAAUCUAAUUCAACCAAAAGUUUCCUUCGAUGGUAAAUACAUCGCAUUCGUUUCUCCACGAAACGAGAUAUUGAAUAUUUAUGUUGCCGAGAUCCCUACCGAGGACUUUGGUGAGGAUUACGGCAAGGAGAUUAUAAAAAGGGCAACACCUAUCACUGAAGAUAAAAAACGUGGCAUCAGGAAUUUUUAUUGGAGUUUUGGGAAUCAAAUCAUUUUCGCAAAGGAUAAGGACGGAGAUGAAGACUUCAAGUUGCACUCGGUCGACGUGAAAACCCUAGAAGAGAAGGUUCUAACUCCCUUCGACCAAACCUUAUCCUAUCCCGUAAAAUUCUCUACUCGCUUUCCCGAUGAGGCCAUCAUUGCCAUCAAUAAACCCGAACCUACCGCCCACUCACUUUAUCGUGUCCAUCUUCGCACAGGUGAAUUGCGUUUGAUCGAAGAGAACAAGCUUCAUUUCUCCGAAUACUAUGUCGAUGAUGACUUCGAGGUUGUGUUUGGUGUUAAACAAACGGACGAGGCCGGUAGUAGUAUUCACAAGAAAAUCGGGAAUAGUGGCGGGGAACAAGAUUGGAAGUUGUUGAUUACCUUUGAAAUUGAUGAUGUCAUGAGCUCUUCGAUUGUCUCGAUCGCCCAAGGGGUAUUUUACCUGAAAGAUUCUAGGGGUAGAGAAUUUAAUGCUAUUUAUAAGGUGAAAUUCGAUGACGAGUUAAAUCAGGUUCUCAUCGCUGAACCUCCGAGUACAAGCAAAGCCGAGAUCAGUGAGGUGUUACUUGAUCCCCUCACGCAUGAACCGAUCGCGUUUCAGAUUAAUCAUUUGAGAAAGGAUUGGUUCCCUAUUAACCCCGAGAUUUCCGUGGACCUUGAAUUUUUGAGGGGUCAUGGUUCCUCAGGAUACCGCAAAUCCGACAUCAGCAUAAUUUCUCAAUCUCUCGACAAUCAGAUUUGGACGAUGGUCUUCGAGAACGACAUUGAACCUGCAAAAUACUACUUCUAUGAUCGGAGAAAUAGAAAGCUAAGAUUUUUGUUUAGCGAUCGCGAAGAGUUGAAGGAGCACAGAUUGAGUCCCAUGUGGCCGGUGAUAAUUAAGGCACGAGAUGGACUAGAGUUGGUCAGCUACUUGACGGUACCGGUGGAUAAGCUUUCCAAUGAGAACGACUAUCGACCCAUAAAUCCUUUGCCUUUGAUUCUCAAUGUUCACGGUGGCCCGUGGUGGCGUGAUUCAUUCAUGCUCAAACUUGAUCACCAAUUCUUUGCGAAUCGUGGCUAUGCCGUGCUGAGUGUGAAUUACCGAGGUUCCACUGGUCUGGGGAAAACUUUUCUGAAAAGUGGAAAUGCACAAUGGAGCCGAAAGAUGCAUGACGAUUUAAUCGACGCUGUGAAUUGGACAAUUUCUGAGCGCAUCGCAAUCAAAGAUAAAAUUGCUAUUUAUGGAGGAAGUUAUGGAGGUUAUGCAACAUUGGUGGGAUUGACGUUUACCAACGAUGUGUUCGCGUGUGGUAUUGAUAUUGUCGGCCCUUCGAACUUGGGUAAAACGAUUCCACCAUACUGGAAACCGAUGUUCAACGAAUUUUGCACUCGCAUCGGCGGAAAUCCCGAUACGGAGGAAGGACAGAAAUUCCUAACCAGUUGUAGCCCAUUAACUCGUGCCGACAAUAUCAUUAGACCUCUAUUGAUUGCUCAAGGAAUUAUUCAGAACCGGAUUGAUAACGAGAAUAUUUCUUCGUCCAUCCUUCUUCCCCUCAAAAGCGAUCAAAUCGUAGAGAAACUUGUAUCCAAGUCAAUUCCGAUCGGUUAUAUUCUUUAUACCGAUGAAGGUCACGGUUUCGCUCGACCAGCAAAUAGUCUGUCGUUCUAUGCCAUCGUGGAAAGGUUCCUGGAAAGAUAUUUAGGCGGAAGGAGUGAAAAGUUUGGCGAUGCUUUCGAGGAUGCCAAAUUUGAGGUUUUGAAUGGAAAGGAGAUUUUGGGUCUAGAUUAG